GUGCAAGACUCAACCGGCGACGCUGGCUGCCAACUUCAAUUUGGGGCCUACAAUUCUGGUUUAUCAUCUGUAGUAAUGCAUUGGAAAUGCUUUCCAACUUCUCGGCCCAGGGCUGAGCAAAACGAUGUGCAUAAAUAUUUGAGAAUUACGCCAAAUCGAAAGUGAAGCUAGAGUCGGAAUCCUAAGAGAAGAAGCCAAGUACCGGAGCAAUCAGAGCCAAACAAUUACGGAGGAGGACGAGGAGAGAGCGAAAAGGAAUAGCCCGGACCGGCGCUAGCAAAUAAAAAUGAAAAUUAAAAUAUUUCCGCUGACAGCGGAAGCAGCGACGAUUGCCGCGCGUCGCCAGCAGAAACAGAAGCGUGGAAACGCGGGGAAACUGCAGCGGAAGCGAAAAAUGCCGGAAAUAUCCUCACGGCUAAUUGUUGCCACUGCCACCGCCGCCGUAGCCACGAUAAUCUGUCUGUCCUUCUCGCUCUCCGUCUGCGCCGCCCAGGAGAGCGACGACGAGGGCGAGCUGCACCACCUGGAACAGAUGCACCACCAGCACCAGGACUUUAUCAUCGGCGAGUCCGAAGAGCACGAUCAUAUCGCACACCAUUUGGCGGAAAUGCAAAAUAAGGAUGAGCUACUUGAGGACAUACGCGAGGAUACGGUCGUCAAUGCGAUACCCGAGAAAGAUCUUCCCAAGUUCGGAGAGCUCUUGCAGAAUGUGACGGUGCCCGUGAGUCGGGAGGCUAUCCUUCAAUGUGUAGUCGAUAAUUUGCAGACCUACAAGAUUGCGUGGCUACGUGUCGAUACACAGACCAUUUUAACGAUACAAAAUCACGUCAUAACCAAAAAUCAUCGCAUGAGCAUAACUCACGCCGAGAAACGUGCCUGGAUUUUGCGUAUACGUGAUGUAAAGGAGUCCGACAAAGGCUGGUACAUGUGCCAAAUCAACACGGAUCCCAUGAAGAGCCAAGUUGGCUACCUGGACGUUGUCGUCCCCCCCGACAUACUGGACUAUCCGACCAGCACCGAUAUGGUAAUACGUGAGGGCUCCAACGUAACCCUCAAGUGUGCCGCGACGGGAUCGCCAACUCCGACGAUAACCUGGCGACGCGAAGGUGGCGAACUGAUACCGCUGCCAAAUGGGGCCGAGGCCGUCGCCUUCAACGGAUCCUUCCUGACCAUCGCCAAAGUGAACCGGCUGAACAUGGGCGCCUAUCUCUGCAUCGCCUCCAAUGGCAUCCCGCCAACAGUCAGCAAGCGUGUGAUGCUCAUUGUGCACUUUCCCCCCAUGAUUUGGAUACAAAAUCAAUUAGUCGGCGCUGCCCUCACACAGAACAUAACGCUGGAAUGCCAGUCGGAGGCGUAUCCCAAGUCCAUCAACUAUUGGAUGAAGAACGAUACGAUAAUCGUGCCAGGUGAGCGCUUUGUGCCGGAAACCUUUGAGUCGGGCUAUAAAAUAACCAUGCGCCUGACCAUAUACGAGGUGGACAUCCAGGACUUCGGGGCCUAUCGAUGUGUGGCCAAAAACUCCCUGGGCGACACUGACGGCGCGAUCAAACUGUACCAUAUUCCCCAGACCACCACGAUAACGACAAUGGCUCCGACCGUUUCGAUCAACACGGUGCCCGUGGUCCUUGUGAAGUACAACAAAGAACAACGCUAUGGCAGCAACAGCAACCAGAACAGCAACAGCAAUCCGUACAACUUCAACAAUGGGCAGCAGAACACGAAGCUGCAGCGCGGCAAGGCCAACAACAAGGGUUCGGAUCAGUCCUCCCAUGGACUGAACAAUGUCUUCGUGGGGGCCACGUCCAGUCUGUGGAACUCGCAGGAUCACCACUCCUCCUCCUCCUCCUCCUCGCGGGGCAGGGAUCACCACCAGCAGCAGCACCACCAGCAGCAGCAGCAAAACCACGGAUCGGAUCACAGCGCCUCCUAUCGGGCGGACGGCAAGAGUCCGCACCUCACGAAGCACGAUGCCAAGUCCCUGACCGACGACCUGGAUCGCAUGCAGGACCUCAAGGGCUGGGCCCACCGCCCCGUUCCCGGCUUCUCGAUCCUUGACCUUUCGAUUAGUUUGGGAAUGAUGAUUUACCUGGGCGCGUGGCCGGGCUAAGCUGUUCGAGGAGAAGUGUACAAAACGUUUAUGGAAAUCAGAUGUUAGUCUAACUAAGAUAAACUAAUUCGUAAGCAAUACCCCUUUAAAUCGUGUUGGUCAAAAAUCUAUUAUUUUUGUGCUAAGUGGAAAGUUGCUUACUGUAAAAAGUUGUUGAUGUUUAAGGUAAAUCUAAAAUUUAAGUGGCCAUUUGAAGGAUCGAGCAUUAAAUUGUGGGUACUGGGAAUCGCAACGGAAAUACAAAGUAUUAGAAUGUAAAACAUAAGGGCUUAAAUCAAGAAAAAAUGUUUUUAGGCCAAGUACGCGAGUUGCUAAUUAUAUUUCUGGCCUAAUAUUAUAAAAACUAGCACUGGUGGUUUAAGAAUAAAAAUGAGUUGAACCGCGUUAAAAAAUCGACUAUGACGGUAUGAUAAAAAUGUGUUAAUUUGACAGAAAAUAAUCGAUGUUUUAGAGUAAUAAUUUGUUUAACUAUUAAGAUUAAGUUUUAAAUCAAGAAACACACGAACAAUUGGCCAAGUAAGUCAAUCCUCAGAGGGCCAGGAAUAUAAGUACCAACAUAUUGUACGUGUCUACCUAAUGAGACUCGAACCGACAUUAUAUCUAAGUCACCGGGGUCAGUCGACAACAAUAUUUUUUACUAUAAGCCCUGUUCUAGCUUAGUUUCCUAGCACUGCAAGCUGUAUAAUAAAUAUUACAUAAACAAUUUCAUCUUGAUUU